UCUCCUUCAUUUUGUAUCGCUCACUCACUUCACAUCUCUCUAAUUACUGUCCCUCUCAUGGCGACCUCUCUGCGAUAUACGCUGCUUCUCUUGGCCAUCCCAAUCAUUGCAUCUCUCUGCUUCUCGAGUGCGAGCACCAUUCCCGUGCUGGAGCAAAGCAUCACACCCUCUUCAACUUUAACUCCACCGCCUGCACCAACACCAUCUCAGGAACAGCAAGACCAGUCGUUUUUCUCCCACACAUCUCUACUCCCUCCGAUCCUCUCCCAUCUCGGCUUCAACGAGCUCGCCACAGCCGCACCCUCUCUUUCCGACUCCGCCUCUACGGCCUGGCCCGGUCCCUACACUCUCUUCGCUCCUUCCGAUUCCUCCCUCCGUUCCUGCAUCUCUUGCUCCAUACCUAACCUCCUCCGAGAACACAUUGUUCCUGGCCUCUUCACGGUCGACUAUCUCCGGAAGCUUGCUUUCGGUACCAGGAUCGAGACUUUGAGCCCAGGCCGAUGCAUCACCAUCACCUCCGAAAGGUCCAAGAAUGGCAGCUUCUCCGCCGCUGCCAAGGUCUUCAUCGGAGGAGUGGAGGUCACUCAACCUGAUCUUUUCAACAACGGCCUGGUGGUGGUUCACGGCCUUCAAGGCUUCGUUGCUCCUCUCUCGCCUUUCUCUUGCGACGUCGAGAGGAUGACCUCGCUCUCGUUCCCGUUCCAUCCUGAGCGCACGGUGACGCACCAGAUCUAUUCCACAACUCAGUCCGCUGUCAUGCACUUGAUGCUCCGGGACACCAUGCUUAGGCUCCGUAACAACGGCUUUAACAUCUUGGCGCUCGCCAUGAAGGUUAAGUACGGCGAACUCGUUGGCCUCAACAACAUGACGGUUUUCGCGGUUGACGACGUCUCGAUAUUCUCUGGUUCUCACGCAUACAUCAGUAAUAUUCGCUUCCACAUAGUACCGAACCAUUACCUGACGUUCUCCGACCUUGAGAAGCUCCCUACGGAGAUUACUCUACCGACGCUCGAGCGAGGGCAGUCGCUAAGGAUCACCACCGCGGGUGGAGGCUUGUCGGGGGCCCCAGUUAGUAUAAACUACGUGAGGAUCAGGGUUCCUGACGUGAUACGCAACCUAAAGAUCGCGGUACAUAGCGUGUUCUUGCCAUUCCCACACAUUCAUCCCACCGCUGUACCGUUCGACCAGAUCCUAGGCGGACGAGAAGAAGCGAACUGGGCGGAACAGGUGGACUCGGAUAGGACGCUGAAUGGAAUUUGUGAUGAUCUGGAAGGGAAUGUAAGCUGCGGCAAGGCCCCCAUGGCUCAGGUUAAUCCGUCGGAGGAUGUCGAAGAUCACCAUGGCCUGUGAUGGGACGAACGAAAUAUUUAGUUCUCGUCGUUUUUUCUUUUCUCCCGAAGGAUGCCUGGACCUGUCUCUGACUCUCUGUAUACGGCUGAGUAUAUUGUGUUUGUCGUCUGUACACUUGUACAGGAUUUAGUCUAGUCCAAGGCAGCCGUCGAUAUCCGUACGUGCUCCUCGAGUAGUAGGCUCUUUUGGGUGCAUUGUGGUAUGUACGGUCAAGUCUAGUGUCUUUGAACUAUUGAUAUAUCAUAUAAUAAUAAGAAACGUCACCUUUGUCAUUUC